UUAAGCAUACCCAAGUCCAAAGAAAAUGAACCCUUCUUUUCCUUUUUCUUCUUCCCUUUUCUUCACUCUCACAAUCAUCUUCUGUUCAUUGCAUUCUCUAGGGUUUGCCAACCGUCUCAUCCAACAGACAUGCAAGAAUUGCUCAAAAACCGACCCCAACAUAAGCUACAAAUUCUGUGUAGCAUCAUUCGAAUCCAACCAUAGGAGCCAACAUGCGAAAAACCUCGAAGAACUAGGUCUAAUCUCCAUCAAGAUAACAAGGCACAACGUGACGGAUACUAACGCUCACAUCAAUGAUCUUUUGGAGAAAAACAAGAGCUUGGACCCCUUCAUCAAAGAAUGUUUAGAUGAUUGUCUUGAAGUCUAUUCUGACUCCAUUUCCACUUUCAGAGAAGCCAUUAGAGAUUACAAGGCCAAACGCCAUUCCGAUUGCAACGUCAAGCUAAGCUCAAUCAUCGAUGCCUCUACCACAUGUGAAGAUGGAUUCAAGCAGAAGAACAAUGGUGCCAUUUCUCCACUCACAAAAAGAAACAAAGAUACCUUUCAGCUUUCUGCUAUAGCACUUUCCAUUAUUAACAUGCUCAUCAAUUCAGAUGUUUAAGGAAAAGGGUCCAUUCUUAUUACUUUGUAAUGUUAAUUAUUAGGGUUUUUAUAUAUAGUGUUUGGAAUAUUGGAGUAAAAUUUAGUUUGUAAAAUA